AUGGCUGGAGAAACUGAGGCGGCUGUGGUCGGCAAGGAUGCGGCCGAGGGCGAGUUCGAGGCUUCUGCUUUUGAGGCGCUGGAGCGGGACUUCCAGGAAAUCCUCCAAGAACUCGUGGGGGACAAGUCCCUGGAACACUUCCGAAACGAGUACGAGAAGCUGCACCGCGCAUUAAAGAAGUCGCACGAAAGCGAGAAGCAUCUCAUCAAAAAGUGCAGGGAGCUGAACGCUGAAAUUGUGCAAAAUGCGGUGAAGGACUGCAGUAUGACCUCGGCCGAGAAGACACGUGUGGCGCUCGUGGGCCUGGGCCGCGCUCCACUUCCACCUGCAGUCCGUGGUGCAGUCCUGGGUGACAUCGACGAGAAGAAGGCCCAGUUGCAGCAGAACAGGGCCUGGGCCGCUGGUCCACAGAGCUGGGAGGCGCUCGCCGACGUGGAUUCAGUGAUCAUCGCCUCGGCGACGGACACGCACUUUCCCUACAUCAUGGAGUCCCUGCGGGCCAACAAAGCCGUCCUGGCGGAGAAGCCCAUCUCUCACGAGCUGCACGAGGUGGUCGAAGCAGUGGAGCUGGCAAAAAGUCGGAACCUUACCUUCGUCUGUGGCUACCAGCGCCGAGCAGAUCGCCACUUCCGAGCGCUGAAGCAACAACUGGACGCCGGUGCAGUGGGCAAGAUGAAGUUGGUGAAGACCUGCAGCCGCGACAACCCACUCCCGCCAUUGGAGUACCUUCGCACCAGUGGUGGUAUCUUCCACGAUAUGCUGAUUCACGACUUCGACAUGCUCGACUUCUUGAGCAACGGCGAGGCGCCAGAAUCGGUAACGGCUAUCGGGCAUUGCUACAACUCUGAAAUCCAAGAGAUGAAUGACAUCGACACUUGUGCAGUUAUGUUCAAGUACGCCAACGGCAUGAUGGCCAUGGUUGACACCAGCCGCGAUGCAUCUUAUGGCUACGACCAGCGCAUCGAGGUCUUCGGGGAGAAGGGGAUGUUGACAGCCACCAACGAGCUGACCAGCACGGUGGAGUUGGCCACCAGCGCCGGACACCUGCGACCACCGGCCAUGUACAGCUUCCCUCAGCGAUACCUCCAGGCAUACCGAUCCGAGCUCACGGAGUUCAUCGAGCUCGUGCGCGCCGGAAGCGACAGCGAGGCGCAUGCCAUGGAGCAGGUCGCCAUGCUCCGGCAUCCUGGCGUGGUCCGUGCGACCAGGGCUGCAGAGCUCUCGUGGAAGCUUGGGCGCACGGUGCAGCUUGCAGAGGUGGGCAUGCACUCCUCCGAAUCCGUGCCCGGGAAGAUGGAGGCGAAGAACAUGUUCGGCGACAGCUUCCGGAACUAUGAGAACUCUGAGCGCCAGGAGAAGGUUGCGGCCACUUACGGCCUCAUGCACCAGAAUCAGACUGUCGAGUUCGUGCGCGAGCAGCGGGAGAAGUGGAUGAAGUUCAACAAGGGAGAGUUCACGGUGAUGGAGGUGAUUUCCAUGCUGGACGACUUGGUAGACGACUCGGACCCCGAUGUGGACAUCCCUAACAGCAUUCAUGACUUCCAGACUGCCGAGCGCAUUCGCGAGCAGUGGCCAGGGGAGGAGUUUGACUGGUUCCACCUCGUCGGACUCUUGCAUGAUUUGGGCAAGGUCAUGGCACUGCCGAGGAUGGCAGGAAAGGAGACUUUGCCACAGUGGGCCGUCGUGGGGGACACCUUCCCGGUCGGCUGCGCGCCCGCGGAGGAUGCGGUCGUUUCCCCGGAGGCCUUCCGUGAGAAUCCGGACUACCGCCAUCCUGUCUUCGGCACGAAGAACGGCAUUUACCAGCCCGGUUGCGGCAUCAGCAAGCUGAUGUUCUCCUGGGGCCAUGAUGAGUACAUGUACCAGAUGCUGAAGUUCAACGGCUGCACCAUCCCCGAGCAAGGACUGAACAUGAUCCGUCUCCACUCCUUCUAUCCCUGGCAUGAUAAGGGGGCUUAUAGCCACUUCGAGAGCCCCGAGGAUGCAGAGACGAAGAAGUGGGUGAAGGAGUUCAACAAAUUCGACUUGUACUCCAAGGCCGAUGCCGUGCCAAAUGUGGAGAAACUGAAGCCUUACUAUGCGUCCCUCUUGAAGAAGUACAAGCUCGAUGGCAAGCUCCGCUGGGAUCCCCGGUGCCUCACUCAGUGCGCGCGAUUCACGCAGUGGGUCCAUAUUCGAGCUGGUGGUGGCAAGUUCCUGUGCCUUGCGCUCUCAAAGCUCUCAAUUCGAAAUUCGGAUGAGGGAGCGAUGGAUGCCAAUGAUGUGAGCCCAUCCGUUCCGAAAGUUCAGCCCCUUUUGGAGCAUGUGCAGACUGCGCUCAAGCUUUCGCAGGAAGACCAGCAGACGAUCACGGCGCUCAAGAAAGAGAUCGAGCGCGCGUGGAAGAUGGUCGAGGCCUCCCACGAGAAAGAGCAGCGAGCCAGGGAAACGAUCCAGAACCUGAAGUCGGAGAUUACGAAGCUGGGCCGACUUGUAGAACAAGGUGCUGGGUUGAGUAUCAACCAGGAGAACAUGGUGAACCAGCUGGUUCAGGAGAAGAACGACCUUGUGAAGCAUCGCGACAUGCUUCAGGGCCAGGUCCAGCAGAUGCAGCAGCAGAACACCGACCUUACUGCAAAGGUUGCGAAGCUGGAGCAGGACCGGCAGCAGGGUAACGGCGAGCUCCAAUCCUUGCGCGAAGCCUUCCAGAAGCUUCUCGAGGAGGCGGACCAGCAGCAGAAGCGAAAGGAAAAGCUAGACAAGGACCUCAAGGACAUGAGACAAGGUCUUGAGUCCAAACAGAGCGAAGUGAACGCCCGGCGAGAAGAACUUGCCCACGGCGAGGAGAAGCAAAAGCACUUGACGCGGCUCCUGCGGGAAGAGCGGCAGGAGGAAGAGCGGCUGAGCAUGCGAGCUGCCCAGCUCAAGGGCAACUAUGAGCACCUCGUGAAGCAGCACAAAGAGGAGCAGUCGACGCUGGCACGGCUCAAGGACGAACAGGCAGACUACAAGGCGAAGGUGAAGUUCCGACAGGACGAAAUCCACGCGCUGAAGAGCUCCAAGCAGAAGAUGGAGAAGAGUCUUGAGGCGCUGCAGAGCCUGAAGGACAAAGACGAUGCCGAGUCGAGACGCCUGGAGGCCAAGACGACUGACAUGCGCGGGCAGGUCAAGAAGCUGCAGGAGGACCUGGACAAGCAGAAGCAGGACUCAGAGGCCCACGAGAAGCAGAUCACGGACCUCCUGCACGAGAGGGAUAUCCUCGGCAAGGCGCUAAUGAAGGGAGACGAGCGCUCCAAGCAGCAAGCGGAGCUUGUCGAGCUCCACAAGGGCCAGGCCAUCACCCUCUCCAAGGACCUGCACCGUUGGAAGACCGAGCUCCACCUGAAGCUGGAGCGGAUCCAUGAGCUCGAUCGCCAGCGGGAGAAGUAUGCCACCGACCUCCAGCAGGCGAAACAGCGCUGCGAGGCAGCUCAAGAAGAGCUCCGAGGCCGUGAGGUCCAGAUGGCGCAGCUCAAGCGAUCCAUUGCUGAUGUCCGGGCCAAGUGGGCGCAGCAGAAGAAUCUCUACGAGGCUGUGCGCACGGACAAGAACCUCUACUCGAAGAACUUAGUCGAGUCCCUCGAAGAAAUCAGCGAGAUGAGGAAGAAGUUCAAGGUCAUGUGCCACCAGAUUGAGCAGCUCAAGGAAGAGAUCAAAGAGAAGGAUGUGGCCAUGAUCGCAGAGCACUUCAAGCACCAGAACAUCAGCAAGGAGACGGAGAAGACCAAGCACACGCUGGAGUUCCAUGAGAAGCAGCAGACCAAGUCCCAGCAGGUCGUGGAGCAGCAGCUGUCCGACAUCAAAAAGCUGGAGGCCACCAUCCAAGAGGCUGAGACGGAGCGGCAGCACCAGCGCAAGGAGUUUGAGGCUGUUACCUCCGAGCGCAACAUCCUGGGCAAGCAGCUCAUCCGACGAAACGAGGAGCUCUCGCUGAUCUACGAGAAGAUCAAGAUCCAGGAGAGCACUUUGGGCAAGGGUGAGGCCCAGUACAAGAAGCUUCUGGAGAGCCUCCGCGGACAGCGUAGCAGCAUUGCGACGCUCAAACGUGACCUCUUCAUUGCCCAGCAGCAGGCCGAGAGCGCUUCCGGCUUGGAGAAGGAAGUCUACCACCUCCAGAGGGAGCUUCUGCAAGAGCGGACGAAGGUUCGAGCUCUUUCAGAAGAGCUCGAGAAUCCGAUGAAUGUCCAUCGCUGGAGAAAGCUUGAGGGGUCUGAUCCGGCCAUCUACGAGCUCAUCCAGAAAGUGCGAACUUUGCAGAAGCGGCUGAUCGCCAAAACCGAGGAGGUCGUCGCAAAGGACGUCGAGAUCCAGGAGAAGGAAAAGCUCCACAAGGAGCUGACUUCCAUCCUGGAGAAGCAGCCUGGGCCUGAGGUGCUGGAGCAGUUGGAGCAGUACCAGGAGACGUACAGUGCUAAGCUCAAGCAGAUGAAGGCCAUGCAGAGCGAGCUCCACACCUAUCAGUCUCAGGUCUCCGACUACAAGGACGAGAUCGAUAGGCUGAAUCGUGAGCUUUCUGAGGUCAAAAAGAAGUUCUUCGAGCAGAAGAAGCGAGAAAUGAUGCAGCAGGAGUCCCAGCGUGGUGACGGCCGCGUCAUCCAUCCACGGCCUGUUCCCCAGGCUCGCUACAUGGGCGGCUUGUUCAGCCUGUCCCACUGA